AUGCACGCCUCCGGCCGCCGGUCCUGGAGCGCUGCUCGGCAGGCGCCCGGCGCCGACCCCGCCAUGGAGCCCCGCGCGGGGCUGCACAGCAGCCCGGAGCUCAGCCGGGCCAAGCGGCUGACCGUGGGGGAGCUCUGCUCUCUCUUCGAGGCUCGCUGCGCCGCCGUCGCCGCCGCAGCCGCUCGUCAGCUGCCCGACCGGCCGAAGAGGGGCUGCCGACCCCCGAACGGGGUUCUGCCGCCCGUCAUCCCCCGGCUCACCGUCACCGCCGAGGAGAGCGAGGAGGCGCAGGGCAGCCCCCAGGCGCGGCAGCCGCGGCCGGAGGGCGGCGGGCUGAGGACGGGCAGCUCGCUGCACCUGCAGUCCCGCAGACUGUCCAACUCCUCGAUCUCCUCCACCGGCUCCUCGUCCCUCCUGGAGGACUCGGAGGACGACGUGCUGAGCGACACGGAGUGUAGGAGCCAGGGCAUCGUGCACUUGGAGCACGGCGAGGACACCAGCCAGUCUCCUGUGUCAGAUGCUCAAAAUAAAAUUUUUUCAGGCAUUUCCCAGCAGAAAAAGGCAUGGCAUACAAUUAAAACCAUGGUUAACUUACCAGUCAUCAGCCCCUUCAAGAAACGCUACUCAUGGGUGCAGCUGGCUGGGCAUACAGGGAAUUUCAAGGCAGCUGAUAGUGGGAAGAUUCUCAAACGCUUCUCAGAGAAUGAAAAGGAGUGUUUUGAGCGAUUGAUGAAAGAUCCACUACGCUCCUGCGUCCCUUGCUUCCAUGGUGUGGUGGAGAGAGAUGGCGAGAGCUACAUCCAGCUGGAUGACUUGCUUACUGAUUUUGAAGGGCCAAGUGUGAUGGACUGCAAGAUGGGCAUCAGGACAUACCUGGAGGAAGAGUUGACUAAGGCACGAGAGAAACCAAAGCUGCGUAAGGACAUGUACAAGAAAAUGAUUGAAGUGGAUCCUCUUGCUCCCACGGCUGAAGAGAACGCCCAGCAUGCUGUCACCAAACCCCGGUACAUGCAGUGGAGAGAAACCAUCAGCUCUAGUGCCAACCUGGGCUUCAGGAUUGAAGGAAUUAAGAAGGCGGAUGGAACAUGUAACACAAACUUCAAAACGACGAAGACACAGGAGCAAGUUCUACAGGUUUUUGCGGAAUUCAUUGAGGGCAACACAACUAUUCUGAAAAAAUACCUCAAACGUCUGCAGGAAAUUAAUGUCAUUCUGGAAUCCUCAGACUUCUUCAAGCGGCAUGAGGUCGUAGGAAGUUCACUACUUUUUGUACAUGAUGGCAGUGGGAAUGCCAAUGUGUGGCUGAUCGAUUUUGGAAAGACCACCCUUCUUCCUGAUGGGCAGACACUGGAUCACAGGAUCCCCUGGCAAGAAGGCAACAGGGAGGAUGGGUACUUGUUGGGAUUGGACAAUUUGAUUGGCAUCUUGGAAAGCAUCACUGAAAGAUGAGUUGAGAAAGGCACAAAACUUGCAGGGCUUCUCUGUAACUUUCUGCUUUACUGAAGUAGAAGGAAACUCAGUUAGAAGGAAACCUUUAACUCCAAACUCCUGAGGUUGUCAGUGCAGAGGGAGCUGCAUCCAGAACCCAGCAGUCAGUGAUCAAAGUUACUUUGCAUCAGCCCUCUAUGAACCUAAAUGAAUCACUCCAGAUUGAUCUGUAUUGCGCCAGAUGAACUUGAGACUGAUCCUCAGAGAAUGAAGAUCUCCAUACUCGGGAAUCACAUCAGCAUGAGUCAAGAGGUCUGUGUGGUAAGCCAGAAUGAUUAUGAUUUCUGGCAAAAUGGGACUCCAAAUUACUUCUUAGAGAACCAGGGCAAAUACUUGGGAACUCAGGGCAGGAAAAAUGAUUUUUCAGGGAACUGCAUAGUUUUGAAAGCAGAUUGUGUUUCUUUUUCCUCUCUAAUUCCAAGUGCUCUUGCUUCUAUGUACACUAUGGGUAGGACCAACAACUUCUGCUGCAUUAUGUUACAGAGUGAGCAAGGUGCAGAUGGGUGAUAAUCAUGAGAAACUGGGAGCAAAGAGAGACAGCAGUUUGUAGUGGCUUGACGUGGCUAACUGCUGUUGGCCAUUUCUCCCUUUCCCUACCCUAGCCUUGCCUCUAUCUCAAGAAAGGCCUUGGCUUUUUCUGUAGCCACAAAUACUCUAGGGAGAGAAUAGUGGCCUAUUGUCUCCCAUAACUUUGACUUUCCAACUGAGUGGGCUCUUGGAUAUGUUACUAAGUUGGAGAGUUAGGCCUCUUGCAACUGAACUGCAGCUCUGAAAAUCACUAAUGAUCUUUCACAAACUAGUCAGGGAACUAAGUUUUUUUUUCCAAGGCUUGUUUAUUUUUGACGAUAAAACCCCUAUAAUACAUGCGCACACUAGUAGUCAGCAGCCAGUGUGAUCUCUUAAGAUCAUGAUUUGACUGUCUGUAAAUGCACGUGACUUCUUGGCCAUGUCUCUGUUCUCAAAUAGGAUGCUGCCACUUACACAUAUAAAGUGGCACAGCAAUCAAGGAGGUCGUGUUUCUGCAUUCACAGCAUUACACAAUGAUGAGAUAAUUCCCAGGCAUCAUUCCUCCAAGGUAUCAACUGUUAACUCCAGGCAGUUUGGGUGAAGGAAUGUCAAUAUAUUACAUCCUAUAGUCCCCAUCUGGAAUCACAGGGUGAUCUGUACUUCAUUAUUUUGCUGUAAUCCAGGCACAGCCACAGAAAAUUCAGUUUCUAGGUUAAAAUCAAGAAAGAUUGAAUUGUUUUCUUGCAAUGGCUUCACAUACCUUCUCUGUUGGUUGCCUCUAGUCACUGGAACAAUUUUUUAUAUACUGG